AGAAUAUUUUUCAUCUUCGGCUUUUUUUCUCGCAAUAUUUUGUUGUUGUUAUGAUGAAAUAAAUAUCGAAAAAAACUUGAACAAAAAUGUCCGAUCCGAAUGAAGUUUUUGUAAAAACUGAAAAUAUUAAAGAAAAAUUAGAACGAGAAAAAAUUCUUGAACGAUUGGAAACUCAACGUGAAAAACGAAAAUUAUUGGAAAAAUAUCGUAAAGUUAAAAGUCUUGCUCAUGAUGAUGAUGAUAAUAGAAAUGAAAGCGAUGAAGAAGAUGCAGCCGAAUGGUAUCAGCGAACUAAACAUCAACAUAAAGAACAAAAAUCAAAGGUAAAAAACGAUCAUGAAAUGCCAUCACCAAGUAAACGUACAAAAACAAUUGAUAAACGUUAUACAUCAUCUGAUUUAAAAGGUUUAGCCAUUGGUCAUAAAUCUGAUUCGAUAAAAGAAGGACAAGCAGUUGUUCUUACAUUAAGGGAUAAAGAUGUUCUUGAUGAACAGGAAGAUGUAUUGGAAAAUGUGAAUAUUGUUGAUGAUGAACGUGCAGCAAAAAAUGUUGAUAAUAAACAAAAACGACCCGAAUAUCGUCCAUAUGAUGAUGAUGAAUUUGAAAUGGAAGAAUUUGGUAAUUUUAAUAAUAAUAAAAAACAAUCAUUACUUGGAAAAUAUGAUGAAGAAAUUGAAGGACAAAAAAAUGAAAUGUUUCGUAUUGGAACAACAAUAAAUACUGGUAAUAAUCAACUUGGUUCAUUCAAAACGAAUGCCGAUAUAUCUACAACAACAAAUAGUAAUGGAAAAAUUUCAUUAAAUUGGAAUGAUCUCAAAAUCGCUAAUGAAUAUUAUACACCCGAAGAAAUGGCUGUAAAAUUUAAGAAACCAUCAAAGAAAAAAUCAUCAAAAAAUCUACGACAAAAACAUUUAGCAACGAAUCAACAAGCAAAUGUUAUUUCGAAUGUUGAGCUUGUUGAACCACCACGUUCGAAACGAUCACGUCGAACAAAUUCAACCAAUGUUGAUUCGACAAAUGAAAAGAAAAAAAUCGAAUUAAAUAUCGAUAGUAUCGUUGAUAAUGAUGAUGAUGAUCUAAUCGGACCGGAUGAAGAUCUUUCUGGUAUUGUUAUCGAUGAUGAAGCAGAAAAUGAAUUACAAUCAGUAUUGCAUAAAGCAAGAAAAAUUAAAUUGAAAGAAAAAAUAUCUGAUCAAGCAUUGGCAAUUGCAAAAAUAGUUGAAACAGUUAAACGUGAAAUGAAACCCGAAGAAGAUGAAACUACAAAUGAAUCAUCAAUGGAUAUUGAUUAUUAUCAUACAAAUGAUGGUGAUAAAAUUAUAUUGAAUGCAACGGCUGAAUUUUGUAGAAAUCUUGGUGAAUAUUCGGGUGCCCAAAUGGAAAUAUCAAAUCAUCGAACAAUGAUUGAUGAUGAUGAUGAUGAUAAUGAUGGUGAUGAAAAACCUGCUGUUAUUAUACCGGAAAAAUCCGUAAAUUCUACAGUGAAUAAUUUAGAUAAUGAUGAUGAUGAGGAGGAGGAAGAUGAUUUUAAAUUUCCAAAUAAUUGGAAUGAAGUUGAUAUGAAAACUGAAGAUACUGGUAAUACAUCAGAUGAGGAUGAUGAUAAUAAAAUCUAUGAUGAUGAUGAUGAACAUUCAAAAAUUAAACGAAAUCAGCCAAUAUUAGAAGAAGAACCGGAUAUUAGUAAAGGUGUUGGUGGUGCUUUAAAAUUGGCAAUGACCAAAGGUUAUCUGGAUAAAGAGACAGCAAAAUCAUUUGGUGCAACUUGUGCCACAUCAAUCAUACAAGCACAAUCAUAUACGAUUGAAGAGAAAUUCUAUGAGGAUGAUCGAAUUGGACGUCGUGAUCGAUAUUCCGGUUCAAUGCAAGAAUUUCGUGAAAAAGAAGGUUAUCAUCCUGAUUUUAAACUAGAUUAUGUUGAUGAAAAAGGCCGUAUGAUGAAUCAAAAAGAAGCUUUCCGUUAUCUUUCACAUAAAUUUCAUGGUAAAGGACCGGGAAAGAAUAAAAUUGAUAAACGUAUGAAAAAAAUGGAACAAGAAAGUAAAUUACGUCAAAUGAGUUCAACGGAUACACCAUUAAAUACGGUAAAAUUAUUACAAGAUAAACAAAAAGAAUUACAAAAACCAUAUAUCGUUUUGAGUGGUGGUGGUCAACAUCAUCAUCAUCAUAAAUCUUCUGCAUCAACAUCAUCAUCAUCUUCAGCACAAAUUUCGAAAAAAUGAUGUAAAAAAAUUUUUUCAUUAAAAUACAAAUUUUUUUUAAAUAU